AGGAGGUUUGACAACGCCAUCUAGAGGAAUUUCACCCACAGGAACUCUCAACAAUUUCAACCUUUUAGGAACUAAAUGGCACACAGGUUCAAAACCACACUACAUCAGAGAUGUGUUUACAAUAAAGAAAUAAAGAGUUUUAAAAAAAAACUAAACAAUUUGCACCUUUACAAUGGCAGGUCAAAUACUACUAUAUUUAAAAACUUGACUCGCAUUCGUGUUUUGGCUUUUGCAUUUGGUUCAACUGUUCUGGGUCGUUCUGUACUCUGUAAAAUGUGCAUGAGUAAACUGGAAAGGAUAUGUGCAUGGUUAAAAAUAGCAAAGGGGCAGAGCAACUGCAAGUCAGCGACAGCUGGGGCUGGUUCCCAGCUGGUUUUAUUUUAUUUUUGCACAUGUGCAGUGUUUUGAUGCCAUUAUGUUAAGAGAAGUUAAGUUGAAUGUAGACAAAGUGGACGGCUGGCAUGUAAGGGAGUUCUCCAGUGGAUAUAAGGCGAUGCUCUCUACUUCAGGGUUCAGUGUUCAUGUUCACGUAUCAUCCUUGAUUUGCUGUAUUUUGCAACAGUAAAUCCAAGAACUGCACCUGACUCUACCUGUCGUUGGGUUUUGUUUCCUUUUGAGGUAUUGUCUUCAGCCUUUUUGAACUAUAUGACUACGUGUUUUCGAAGACCAUUUUUUUAUCUGCAACCCCUUAAAGAUUUAACGCUGAACAGUCCCGCCAAAUAAUAAUGGUCGUUAGUGAAUGAUCAGACCCAGCUGUGACAAUGUAAUGGGCUGGAGAGGAAGGAGUUAAAAUAUUGCCUCUUUUGGUUAAAGAUUAACUAGCAAGAUUAUCACAUUCAGAAUGGGGCUCAUUAAUACCUAACACUGACCUUAACAAUCAAAGCGCUGCAGAUUCAGCCGCCUGUCAAGAUGAGCAACUUCGGGCAGAUCCUAAAGGAGGUUGGAGAGUUUGGUUUGUUUCAGAAACGUUUAGUGGCUGCAUUAUGCAUCCCUUGCAUAUUUAGUUCUUUUGACUUGAUUGGUCAGGUGUUUACCGGCAUGAGCUUCCCACAUCACUGCAACACUGACUGGAUCUUGAAGCCUGGGCCUAACCUGACCGAUGAGAGACAAAGAAAUCUCACCCUCCCUGUGAACAAGGAUGGAACGUUUGAAAGCUGUAAAAUGUUCACACCUGUGGAUUUGGAUUUGGAAACCAUUGAAGCACGUGGGAUUAACAGUACAACUGGAUGCAUAGAUGGAUGGGACUACGAGGCACCAGAAGGUGCUUCCAGCAUUGUGACAGAGUUUGAUCUGGUUUGUGACAACAGUGGUUUCGUCGAGGCAUCACAGUCCAUCUACAUGGCAGGUUGUCUGGUUGGAGCGCUGUUGUAUGGGGCAAUAUCUGACAGAUUUGGGCGACGCUUUGCAACCCUUCUCUGCCUCUUUGACUUACUGUUGUUUGGUGUGGGUGCUGCGUUCUCACCAAACAUCUAUGUCUAUAUGAUCCUAAAAUUUUUCUGUGGGACUUCAGCAGGUGUCUGCAUGAUGAAUGCCACCGUGUUGGGAUUGGAGUGGACUGAUCCCUCUAAGGCUGCUCUUUGCGCACAGAUCAUGAUUUUUUUCUUUCCUGUUGGAAUGAUGCUGUUGUGUGGUAUUGCAUAUUUAAUCAACGACUGGAGGAUCCUGCAGAUGGUGCUCUUCAGUCCCCUCAUCCUUGUCCUGGGAGUCUUUUACUGGUCUCUCCCAGAGUCAGCUCGCUGGCUCAUGACCCAUGGAAGGAAGGAUAAAGCAAUAAAGGAACUUCGGAGGGCAGCCAGGGUGAAUGAGAGGAUGGUCCAUGAUGAUCUGCUAAAUGAGUUGGAGAUGGAGGAUACAUCUGAAAAAAGAAACAUGUUUGACAUCUUCCGAAUACCAUAUUUGAGAAAACGUACCCUCAUAAUGGGCUUUAACUGGUUUUCAACAAGUCUGCUAUAUUAUGGACUGACCCUGAAUACUGGUGGUUUUGGCCUGAAUCUCUACCUCACACAGUUCAUCUUUGGAGUUGUCGAAAUUCCUGCAAUCUUGAGCUGUUUGUUUUUGAUUCAGCACUUUGGAAGGAAAAUAACUCAAGCAGGCUUUCUGUUCUUUGGGGGUGUUGCUUGCCUCAUGGUCCUUGCCAUCCCUAAAGAUCUUCCAGUGGUGGUCACAAUCAUUGCCUCACUGGGGAAAUAUUUUUCCACUGCCUCUUUCAGCACACUAUACGUUUAUACUGCAGAGUUAUACCCAACCAUUUUAAGGCACAAUGGUGUAGGUGUAAAUGCCAUGUGUUCUCGUUUGGGAGGUGUCGUCUCUCCACUAAUCUGGCUCCUGGAGGUCCACCAUUACACCAUCCCCAUGCUAAUAUAUGGCAUCGCCCCUGUUGUUGCUGGGGGUUUCUGUUUGCUUCUGCCUGAAACCCUCAAUGUUGAACUUCAAGACCACACUGAGCUGAAGAAACCAGUGGAUGGAUCUACGGGGAACAGAUACAGUUCUGAAGAAAUCCUUGAACAGCACAAACUGUAACUUAUAAUUAAACCAUCGUCAGAAAUUCUAAAUUUCUAAUUUAUUAUCUGGUCUGAAAGAUGUUAACUACAAUUAAGCUAAACCAACUUUAGAAUAAAUAAUUUAAACUUUCUUUAAUUAUCUCCCCACCUAGUUACUGUUGCCUAGGAGGUUAUCUUUUUUUAUCCGUGUGUUUGUUGGUUGGUGGCCUGUCAACAUUAGGUUUUCAUACUGCUUGUCAAAAAACACAUUAUUUUUCAUAUAUUGUGCAUGCUUCUACAGCCGGUAGCUAUGGCUGUGGUACAACUGUACAUGUUUGAACCCGAUCUAGAGCAGGAUGUUUCAAAGUGGUUAGUUAAUAUUUUGUAUAGAGUUGUUGUUGUUGGUUGUUUUCAUUAAAUUGACUGCCGCUCUUUUGCUUCUCAAUUGAUGUAUUCACAAAUGCUUCAACAUGUGAUUUGCAUGCAUUGUUUAAUUUAUCGUAAUUUAUGCUAAUAUUACUUACAUUAACCUACAUUUCACAGCUUGUGUUACUGCUUUGUUGAACGUUUAGGACAUACGGAAGCUAAAAAGAAAAGUGUGCUUGGUAAGUAUUUAUGAAUGUUGGUUAAAGAUUACUUACCAAGAUCAUAUAUAUGCAACUACAGUGACAGACUUAUUCUUUCUUAUUGUUUAUAACCUGGGCUGGCACAUACUGAAUGCUGCACUUUCAUGAUGACGCACUAAACAUUCAGCCAUAUGUCAAUAUGAGCAACUUUGGGCAGAUCAUAAAGGAGGUUGAAGAGUUUGAUUUAUUUCAGUAACAUUUAGUCGCUGCAUUAUGCAUUUGCAGCAUCUUUGCUGCUUUUAACACGAUUGGUCAGCUGUUAGCUUUCAUCAUCACUGCAACACUGACUGGAUCUUGGAGCGCGGGCCAAACCUGACUGAUGAGAGACAAAGAAAUCUCAUCCUCCCUGUGAACAAGGAUGGAAAGUGGAAAGUGUGUGUUUAUAUACUCUUAAAUUACUCUAUUAUUUGCCAACUGUGAUUUAACUCAUCACCAAGUCAUAACAAUAAGUGUGAUUGUACUUUCUUACAGGCAGAAUGGUGUUGGAUUUAACUCAGCAUGUGCUCGUGUGGCGGGCUUCCUCGCUCCCCUUUUCCAGCUCCUGGAUGUCUAUCAUUACAGCAUCCCCAUGCUGAUAUAUGGCAUCUGCCCCUUAAUUGCUGGGGGUUUGUGUUGGCUACUGCCUGAAACCCUCAAUGUUCAACUUCAAGAACACACUACUGAGCUGAAGUGAGCUGAGUAUAAAUAUCAAAUUAACUUUGUUGAGUGGGUUGUGCAUAAAAAUUGUACAUUAAAAUGCUUUUUAUGCUUUUGAUUUUAGAAAACUGGUGAAUGAAUCUAUAGAGGAACGGACACAGUGCUUAACAACUCAAUCAAGAGCUGGAAUUUGAAAUUAAAUUAUAAUCAAGAGUUCAAAGUUCAGUUUGUUCCUUAUCUAUUAUCAGGUAUAAAAUGGUGUCAAGUACAGUCUUUGCUUUUUUAACCACAUUUUUUCAAUGAAGUAAUCAAACUCUUGGGUAAUGACGGUUACAACAUUUUAAAGUGUUUUUUUAAUUUCAUUUUAAAUUGUUGUUUGAGUUGUUUUUUAGUGCACUUUAUUACUGCCAAUAUUGUAGAAAUUGAUGUAUUCACAAAUGGUUCUCAAAUAAAAACUUGUUCUGUUCCAAA